AUGGAAGUCCAGAAACACCCCAGCAUUGAAGAAGCUUCUACCUUUACAAUCUGGAGUGUAAAUAGCUGGAUAACCCCAAUCCUGUCCUUCCUCCAGGACGGACGCCUUCCACAAGAUGUUGAGAAGGCUAGAAAAGUCAAGAAGAGAGCAGCCAAGUUCAUGAUCUUGAACGACACCUUGUACAAGAGAGGCUUUUCCAUGCCCUACUUGAAGUAUGUCGACGAAGAGGAAGCCAAAUACAUCCUAGAAGAGAUCCAUGAAGGGGUUUACAGUGACCAUGCAAGCCCUAGAUCCUUGGUUGAAGUAGAAGCAUUAUCAGCCAUCACCAAAGUGAAGAUCCAUAGUUUUGUAUGGAAGAACAUAAUUUGCAGAUUUGGGAUUCCAUGGAUGAUCAUAUCAGACAACGGGCAGCAGUUCAACAAUUAA